AUGGAGACGUUGGCAGCCGAUGAUGAUCAGUAUCGUCGCCUAACAGCAGAUGAGCAGGAUUUCUUGAACAUGUUUCACAAAAAAGCGCAGGAGUUUGAUGUGGCGCAUGAAACCAUGUCACGCUUGUUUCGGUACCUGGAUUUGGUGCUGCAUUCGUUGGGCGUGGCGUUGCCGAGCGCAGCGGCCCUGUGUGCCUCCGAUGUCCUGAAGUGGAGGUAUGGUGCUGCAAUUUUGUCGCUGUGUGGUACCAUGUGUUGGGUGGUAACAGCCAGGGCCCAAUGCGGCGUUCAACAGUACAGGCACAUGAUGCUUCAUCAAAAGUUUGCUGAGUUUGACCAUGACAUCAGAAUGAUCUUUGCCUUCGACAAGCUGAACCAACCAACAGACAGAGUUGUAGCAGUGGCAAAUAAAUAUGCCAGUGUUCUGUAUCAAUCGAGGGAUGCUAUACUCCCUCAUUGGAUGCAUCAGGAACUGAGCAAUUGCGCAAUCUUGACUGCGAAUCUGGGGCAGCAUGAACCCCGGCUGCCGUCAACAAAAACGCACCUGACACAGCAGCAGGUGGCAAAUCACAUUGAUCCGUGCGUGAGGCAGGCCGAGGUUGUGCUACUUAUCGAGGAAGAGCAAGCCAGGCUGAUACAAGAGCUGGAUGGAUUACAACAUGGACUUGCGCUCCGUGUCUUCUGCCUCUGGAAUGUCGGAGAUAGCCUUAAUUCUGCGGCAGCUGGCAGAGCGUGA